GACCCAUCUUAUAAAGGCUUCAAGCAGCCAGUCCCAGACACAGUCCAGCUCCUGACCCAACCAGGCCCCAUCGACCAGACCCACUGCUGCUGCCCAGGCCCCAUCGUCGACCAGAUCAAAGCCCCAUGAAGCUUCCCGCCCUGCUGCUAUUCUGGCUGAGUGCAUUCUGGCCUCAGCUCCAGGCCAUCCCCCUGGACUCCUCCAACCAUCUACCCCCGAGCUUCCUCCCCCAAAUCCAGGAGCAAGUGAGGAAGAUCCAGAAUGACAUCGAAGGGCUGCAGCAGAGAUUGGUUUCCCAGUGUGCUGACUACCGCCUAUGCCAUCCAGAGGAGCUGAUCUUGGUUGGUCUGUAUCUGGGCAUCCCCAGGCCAUCGGUGAAAAACUGUUACAGUCAGGACUUGAAACUAGUAGCCUGCCUGAAUCAGCUGCACUAUGGACUCCAGCUCUACCAGGGGCUUGUGAGAGCACUGGAGGGCAUUUCCCCCGAGCUGGCUCCCACUCUGGAUACCCUGCAGCUCGAUAUUGGCGAUUUUGCUGCCAGCAUCUGGCAACAGAUGGAAGAUUUUCAAGUGGCUCCUGAGAUCGUGCCCACCCAGGGUAUCCUGCCCACCUUCCGUUCCUCCUUCUAUCGUCGAGCAGGGGGCGUCCUCAUCUUUAGCCACUUGCAGAGCUUCCUGGACGUGGCAUACCGUGCCCUGCGCCUUCUUUCCCAGUCCUGAGCUAACCCCAUAUUUAUCCCCUAUUUAAUAUUUAUAUAUUUAAAUUUAGGAAGAUAUUUAAAAGGUGAAAGGGACUGGAGUUCUCAAUUGUCCCUUCUCCCCCUCAAUCCCACUGUAGGUCAC